AUGCUCGGAGGAAAGGAGAUGUUCGGCAAGAGUGGAUAUGGCACGCCUUAUAAAACCGGACCGAUAGGAAACGGAGUGAAGGUUCGGCUGGAGGUCAACAACAAGUUUGAGGUGAAGACCUGCUACAAUAUUAUCGGCACGAUCAAGGGAGCUGUAGAGCCAGACCGGUACAGCGUGACCGGGACGCACCACGACGCCUGGCUGUACGGCGCCGUAGAUCCGUCGUCGGCGACGGCGGCGCUCAUCGAGCUCACCAGGUUGCUGGGCAACGAGGUGCGCAGGGGCUGGAGACCCCGACGGACCAUGGUGUUCUGCAUCUGGGGAGCCGAGGAGAUCGCCAUCGCGGGCUCCCAGGAGUGGGUCGAGGAUAAAUUCCUGCUCCUUCAUCAUGGCGCUGUGGGCUACACCAACGUGGACAACUGCGUGUCUGGAACAAUGUUCUUCGCCUACGCUUCGCCCCCAUUCACGAACCUCGUUCAGGAGGCCACAAAAGUGGUCAAGUACGGCUAUGGAUCGUAUCCCUCGUACCACACGGCGUACGAGACGCUGCACCUAUACGAGACGUACUACGACCCGACAUACAAGUACAUGUCCCUCUGCACUAAACUGUUCGGUGUGCUCUCCGUGACCCUGGCCGAAUCCUACAUCCUGCCGUAUAACUUUUCGAGCGUCGCCGCCCGGUACAAGUUGAACCUGAUGAAACUCCUCGUCAUGGAAAAACACCUGAAGGACCACGACGUCUCCUUGGAUUGGCUCAAGCAAGAGACGGACGGGUUUGCAGCCGCUGCGGUCAAAUGGCAUAACAAUAUUAACGCCGAGAGGCAGACAAUGAGUGACACCAAAGUGCGGAUGCUGAAUGACCGAAUGCUCCUGAUCGAGAAGACCUUCCUCAAACAGGAGGGCGUCAAAGACAGACCGACUCUAAGGCAUAUCGGACUGGCACCACAGCUAUCGAACGCCUACGCUGGCACGGGCUACCCGGUCAUCCACGACACUGUCUACAUCGCCAACCGCACCAAAGACGGGACGCCCGAGAGCAAGGCCGCGUGGCACAUCAUACGCCGCAACAUCAACGACUGCUGCCUCGCCAUGAGGAACGCCAAGAUCAUGCUCGACACCGAGCUAAUCAUCUGA